AUGGCAGACAAAUCUUUGGGUGUUACUGUUCUACCACAGCAGAGCAGAGUAAGACAUGGAGUAAGUGUGGAUCCGAUUUUUGCAUUUUCCACCCAAGCAAAAAACGCACAGGUUGCCUCAUUUUUGAACAAUGAACUUGAGCUCGCUACUCACCAUUGCUUGGCCAAGGUUCUCAAGAAAGAAUCACAUCAAAACUUCAGCAGGAAUAUUCAUAUCUGCCACUGGAAGCAGCUGUGUGAGCCCUUGGUACAUUGGGAAAGCUGGGUUUCUGAAUUUCCAAAGCAAUUCCCGUACACGGAGGAGGGCUGGAUAUACUCUUCUAGCCCAUUCAUUCCACCGAUGGUUGGAAAAGAUCUCACAGGGCCUGAAUAUGAGCAAGAAGAGCCUUUCGCAAAUUUCUUCACUGAAUUCACCAAAACUUGUGCAACAGUGGCAGGUGUGCAAAACAUCGACAAUAGCAGAGUGUGGCAUGCACAUCACAACACUUUCAUCGAUAAGAGGAGGAAGCCUGAUCUGGUCAAGUACAAAGAUACGCUGGAACUGGUGGAAGAUGCAUAUGAACAACUAUAUGACAAUGUGUUCUUCAUUUUCAGCAAACAAGACAAUUGGUUGUUCUUCAUCGGCUUCACAAUGUGUGGUGCCAAUCUGUGCGUAUACAUGUUUCACUAUGGUGGUACUAUGGAAUCCAUGCCCAUGUCACUCCACACCGACCCAGGGAUUGUCACACAGGCAUUGGUUGCCAUAGCACAUGGCUCACUCGAGAGCAUUGGUUAUGAUCCGACGGUUACCACACCCCAAUUCAGUGCAAGUAUGGGUCUAUGUGUGAUCCAGAUGAAGCUCGUAUGGUUGGAGAUGAUACAACCAUUAACCCUCACAAUAGACACGUGUCUUUUUUCAUCCCAUUCUGUCCAAGGUCAAGGAACACACGUCUUUGCUUGCAUCCACCCCAUGUAUUCCCAGUACUUGGUCUCCAAGGAGGCAAACGUGAACACUGAGGGGAAGGGGAAGAAGGCCAAGAAAGCAGUCGCAUCAUAUGAAGCCCAGAACAAGGACCUCCAUGAAUGUAAUGGUGAAAAGAAUGCAGAGUACCAAGAGCCCCCUGAAAUCGCUGUAUAUUUGGCCAGUCAACUUGAUGUUGUGACUGCACCAAGGACCAGUGACCCACACAAUCAAACAGAUAAGAACUCCCAGUACUUCAAAGACGAACUCCUGCCAUCCAUUGCUGCCUGUGGCAUUGCCCUACCUUGGUUUGCCACUAUAGAGGAACUCCUCAAUGCUAUCCUUAUGGCAGUGCAAGGUCAUGGGAAUGCUCUUGGACAUGAUAUUCUUCACAGGGAUGUCAGCUUGCCCAAUGUCAUGAUAGCUGUGAACAGCAUUGAUGCGGAAUCUGCCAUACCAGGCCAAGGAAGGGCAAUGUGCCCGGGCUUCCUGGCCAACUGGGGUCUUGCUAUUGACCUGCGUAAGGAAAACAAAAAUUUCGAUGAAUCUUGA